CUCUCCCGGCUGGCUGGGCCGGUUUAGCCUCUGCCCGCAGGCCUGGAGGCCCUGGCUCCCAGGGGCUGAGUGCAGGACAGUCUUGAGCGCCAACCUUGGGCGCGAAGGGGGACACAUGGGUCCGCCCUAGGCCCUGGCUGCUGGGCGGGGCUGCACCUGCCGCAGCCGCCAGGGCGGUCGCCGCUGCGCACCUGGCCCAGGUGAGCCGCCCCGCCCCCGCGGUCACGCGAGCCCCAGGUCUUGGCAGCAGCCUCUGACCCAUCCUGGCACCCUGACUGACCAGCCACGAGGACAGAGAGUGAGUCCUGCCCAGCCCCUGGGGGACCAGUCUGCUCGGCCAAGGAGCCCCAUGGAGCCGGGGCUGGCACCAGUGCCCAGCCUGCCCCAAGGAGGCCCCGGGCAGACCAUGGCAGGUGCCUGCAACACGGCCCCUGACUUCCUCUCCCCAUCUGGAAACCAGGUCCUGCGGCCUGCCCUGGGCAGUGUGGUCACUCUGAACUGCACGGCCUGGGUGGUCUCUGGGCCCCACUGUCCCCUGCCCUCAGUCCAGUGGCUGAAAGACGGGCUGCCGCUGGGCAAUGAAAGCCACUCCAACCUCCACGAGGACUCCUGGGUCAAGUCCAACUUGUCAGAGGUGCUUGUGUCCAGUGUCCUGGGGAUCAACCUGACCAGUGCCGACGACUAUGGGGCCUUCACCUGCUCCAUCCAGAACGUCAGCUCCUCCUCCUUCAUUCUUCAGCGAGCUGGCUUGGCAGGCCACGUGGCCGCCGUGCUGGCCUCUCUCCUGGUCCUGCUGGCCCUGCUCCUGGCAGCGCUGCUGUACGUCAAGUGUCGGCUCAACGUGCUGCUCUGGUACCAGGACACGUACGGGGAGGUGGAGAUGAACGACGGGAAGCUCUACGACGCCUACGUCUCCUACAGCGACAGCCCCGAGGACCGGAAGUUCGUGAACUUCAUCUUGAAGCCGCAGCUGGAGCGGCGUCGGGGCUACAAGCUCUUCCUGGACGACCGCGACCUCCUGCCGCAUGCGGAGCCCUCGGCCGACCUGCUGGUGAACCUGAGCCGCUGCCGCCGCCUGGUCGUCGUGCUGUCGGACGCCUUCCUGCGCCGCGCCUGGUGCAGCCACAGCUUCCGGGAGGGCCUGUGCCGGCUGCUGGAGCUCACGCGCCGACCCAUCUUCAUCACCUUCGAGGGCCCGCGGCGCGACCCCGCGCACCCCGCGCUGCGCCUGCUGCGCCAGCACCGCCGCCUGGUGACGCUGCUGCUCUGGAGGCCCGGCUCCGUGACGCCGUCCUCCGAUUUUUGGAAAGAGCUGCAACUGGCGCUGCCACGGAAGGUGCAGUACAGAACGACGGAGGGAGAUCCCCAGACCCGGCUGCAGGAUGACAAGGACCCCAUGCUGAUCGUGCGAGGCCGCGUCCCUGAGGGUCGGACCCUGGACCCGGAGCUGGACCCUGACCCCGACGGGGACCUGGGUGUCCGAGGGCCUGUCUUUGGGGAGCCAUUGGCUCCACCGCAGGCAAGUGGGGUCUCGCUUGGAGAGAGCCGGGCCAGUGAGGUGGACGUCUCGGACCUCGGCUCCCGCAACUACAACGCCCGCACGGACUUCUACUGCCUGGUGUCCGAGGACGACGUGUAGCCCUGCCUGCUGGAACCGCAGGAUUGUCAGGGACAGCUGGGGGCGGGGGCAGGGGGACUUUUCUCCCCUCGGCAGCAUCAGGACCCUGCCUGCCUGCAGUCCUGGGACCCUCAGGGAAGGAGGUGGCCCCAGCACCCCUCCUUGUGCCAGAAAUAAAGUCCUUUUGGAUCCUG